AUGCUGCUCCGGCCCCGGCGGCCGCCGCCGCUCGCGCCGCCGUCGCCGACCGACUCGGUGGCCGAGCUGCUGCCGCCGGCCGAGGACGCGCCGGGGACCCCGCCGCGGGGCCCGGCGGCGCCCGAGGGCGGCUCGCCCGGCUGGCCCGGCGCGCCCGUGUCCCCGGGCUCGGCGCAGCGCGCGCCCUGGAGCGCCUGGGAGACGGAGCUGCUGCUGGCCGAGCUGCUGCGGCCGGCCGUGUGGCGCGCGCUGCUGCUGGACCGGCGCCGCGCGCUGCCCACCUACCGCCGCGUGUCGGCCGCGCUCGCCCUGCGGCAGGUGCGGCGCACGCCCGCGCAGUGCCGCCGCCGCUACAAGUUCCUCAAGAACAAGGUGCGCGAGGCGGCCGGCCAGCCGCCCGGGCCCUUCGACGCGCAGAUCCGCGAGCUCAUGGGGCUGCUGGGCGACGACCGGCAGGCCGGGCGCGCCCGCCGCCGCCCCGCGGGGCCCGGGCGCCCGCAGCGCGGCCGCCGCCCCGCGCCCUCCGCGCCCGCGCCGGCCCCGGACGAGCCAGGUGCAGCGCCGCCCCGGGCCCCCGCGGACCCGGAAGCCGACGCCGACCCCGCCGCGGCGCCCGAGCCGUCGCUGCCCCGCGCCGCGGACCGCGGCCGCGCCGCCGCCUCCCCGCCGCCCCCCGCCGCCGCCUCGGCGCGCCGCACCCCGGACCCCGAGCCCGGCCGCUCGCCCGGCUCCCCGUCGCCCGGCCUCCCCGCGGACCUCUCGCCGCCGCCCGCCGCCGCGCCGUCGCUGAACGCCGCCCUGCUGCAGACGCUGACGCACCUGGGCGACAUCGUGGCCGUGCUGGGCCCGCUGCGCGACCAGCUGCUGACCCUGAACCAGCACGUGGAGCAGCUGCGCGGCUCCUUCGACCAGACCGUGUCCCUGGCCGUGGGCUUCAUCCUGGGCAGCGCGGCCGCCGAGCGCGGCGUCCUGGGCGAGCCGAGCUAG